AAUGUAUAUAUACAUGUGCUAUUACGUACCCUUGUAGUUUAUACAGGCUGGUAGUUAAGAUCGCAAAAGACUUAAAUUUGAUUGUAAAAGGUAAAUUCGAUACAUUAUAGUUUCACUAUUGUCGAAAGAGCAUCAUAAUCAACUACUAAAAAAUUUGGACAAUCGACAUGGCUGAAGUUUUAUUUCGCAAUUUUACCGAAUUUGCAAAUUCGCCAACGAUGGUUACAAGUACAGAGAAGAAUGUAGAACCCUACGACAUGAUAUUCUCUCUGUGGGAGGGCGUUCUGGUGACAACAAUUCUCGGAAUUCUCUGCGUAUUUGGAUUGAUUGCAAACGCCGUUACAUUUUUUGUUAUUUGUACUUCGAAGACAUUAAGAAAGUCGUCCUUCAAUAUUUUGAUUAUGAGUCUCUGUGUGUCAGAUUUUUUAUCAGCUCUAAACAGUCCAUUCCAAAUGUAUCGAAGAAUUUGGGGCUUUCUGGAAUUUGAAUUGCCCGUAGGAUUUUGUAAAUUUACAAUUGGACUUGGAACAUGGACGAUGUUCGUUACUGUUCAACACAUUCUGGUUUUUAGUGUGUUUCGACUUUUAGCGAUGCAAUUUCCUAACAAGAUUGGAAGAAUAACUCCGAAGAUUGCAAAGAUAACUGCCGUUGUUAUUUGGAUAGAAGUCUUCAUCGUGAGUGCAUUGUUUUAUAUUAUGACGUCAUCAGUCAUACCGUAUAAACCUGGAAGAUAUAAGACAGCCUGUACAUCUGUUAGUAAAGACUGGCGACCAAUUGCAGCUGAAUACACAACUUAUGCUUUACCGAUAUUGCUGUUUGCACCGUUUAUUGGAAUCCUACUUUGUGCCAUUAUUAUCACAUAUAUUCUUAUAAAAAUUCGAAAGCGACGAGCAACUCAACACACAACCAAUAAUAAGCAAAAGCAAGAACAAGAGAGGAUGGCUUUAAUUCAAGUAACACUGAUCGUUUUAUCGUUUUUUAUUGGAUACUCUGUUGAAUCAGUGUAUCGUAUGACAAAAGCAUUGGAUCUCAGGGAUCUCUUUACCGUUCGUACGAAAUGGGUGACGCUUACGACAGCGUAUGUUCUUCUUCGUGUUUCAGAAUGUCUCAAUCCACUCUUCUACAAUUUUGGGUCAAGCCAAAUGAGGGAGAAAACUAAAAAGUUUUUGAGAACGGGUGACGUCAGUUCCGCACCAAAUAGCAUCAGUUCGCCUACAAUGAAGACUGCGUCGCCUCACAAAACGACUGUAGUAUGAACCAGAUUGUAAAGUCGCAACGGGUAUUCUGGUUGGAGAAUUUCAGCAAAUCGUUUCCAACUUUCUGUAUUCCAAGUAUUCCGGUUGGAAAAUUUAAGCAAAUCGUUUCAAACUUUCAGUAUUCCAAGUAUUCCGGUUGGAGAAUUUCAACAAGUCGUUUCCAACUUUCAGUAUUUCAAGAUUAAAUUUUGGAGUGGCAAGAAUCGGAAACUAUUUAUAAUUGCAAGACAUAAUACUCUGAUUUCUCGAGAUUUCUGGCUUACCUUUAAUCCCAUGUUUUGAGCGGACGUAUACUAUUGGGAAAGCUCCAAAACCGAAUUUACAACCCGGAAUUCGACCAUAAUAUUAUAAAUCAGAUAUCGUUGAUUUAAAUGGGUCUCAUUAUCGUUUAUAAAGCGUGUCAUUUAUUUUGCAUAACUUUGAUCUAAACUUUUGUUUCAGACAUCAAGCUCGAACCCGAUAUAAAACCCAAAGGGAAUUAUAGACAUUUUGUUCUUGAAAUCUCAUUACUUACAUUUUAUAAAAAAAUAAACAAAAUAAAAUAUUUGA